UGAAUAAGUUGUUUCUGUGUAACAUGUUAGAACAAUUACUUGAAAUUAUUGUCAGAGCUGCUGUUAUAGAAAAUUAAUCCACACCUUCUGACCAAUCAGAUUUGAGAAUUUAACAGCGCUGUGGUAUUAUGAUAAAUAUUGAACCUCCGCAGUGUGUACGUUUAUGGAUAUUCUUCAUUUAUUUAUUUAUUUAUUUAUUUAUUUUCCCGUGAGAGACAUUGUGUCAUUAAAUCUUCUUUAUUUUGCAGAAUGACUGGAUACAGUGAAGAGUGUCUGUUCUUCAUCCCUGCACCGGACCUGAAGAAACUCUACAGUGUUUUUCUGUCAUUUCUCAGUUUUUCAUCUCAAGCAGAUGAAGGAGAGCUGAGAAACAGCCAGGUGAAGACAUGCAGAGAGCUUUUGCAUUUGCAUCCAGAUCUUAUUGCGUCCCCUGUGUUGGGCUCUUACGGUGGGAUCAGAGUUGUACUCACUAUAACGUUUUUCAGGAGAGGCAUCAUCCAGGCUUAUGCACAGAGCCACAAUUUGCAGAUCAGUUCUCCUCAGAGGGUUCUGCCUAGCAUGCUGCAGACGUGUCUGUCUUACUCCUUCACUGCUCGACUGGCACCGAACUGGAACAGAGCAGGACAAUAUUUAAUCCCAGGAAAGGACUUCCUGUCUGAUUCUAGCAAACGCAUUGCUGUUGUCAUGGAGCUGAAUGUGAAUGAGACCGAACUGUGUGUCAGCGUGGAGGCCAGUACUAUAAGACUUCCUCCUGUAACACUGAGAGACUUCGAUGUUCCAGCUCCUGUGAUGGAAAGAUUUCUGAAUAACCGAGAGACAGUUCUCCACACCAAAGCACCAAAUAACUGGUGCUACGUUCUCCCAAGCAUGAAGAAGGGCCAGGUCGUCAGCAUCGGGCGCACGCUGCCAGCAGAGUGUCCUUUCCAGACUUACGCUGAUCUUCAGAAGCACUGGAACGGCAUGUAUGGCUACUGUCUGCCUCCACAGAACGAGGAUGAGGCGCUGUACUGCAGUGUGAAUUUUAAACCGCUUGGCGAGAAGCUUUUCACAUAUCCAUUGUGCUGUAUUCGCAUUCUGCCAGUACAGUGUUUUCCCCGAGUGAACCUGCAGGGGGCGCUCAGAGCCUUUAUAUCCGAUGUCAGAAGCCUAAUGGAGAAUGUUUGUGGCUUUCCAGCCCAAAUGGCCAGCAAACCCUGCUACCAUACCACCAAUCUGAGCAGACCUAGUUUACAAGUAUAUGAGGACUCUGGGGCCUUACCUGCAAACCUGACCUUCAAGAGCUCUAGCAGACUCGUGCUGAGCCAGCUCCCUAAUGUUUUCCCUCCAGAGACGGUGCCUCUUUCACACUUAGCAUCUUCUCCAUGGCCCCUAAGUCAGCCUGUCGGUCUGAGCAACAUCAGACAUCCAGCUACAACCAAUGGACACGGGAAUCCUCAAAUACCUAACCCCAUUUUGCAGUCAUUUCAUUUCCAUCGCACUGAGCCAUGCCAGUUCCCGUCAUCCUUCACCUCAAUCCCAUCGUUCUCCUCUUCCUCGUCCGUCUCCGCUAACCAACCUUUGCUUAGCAACACUCAGCCUUCUACACAGAGACCCAAACUGGUGCCUAUCUUCACAAACAAGUCACUGAGCUGCCAUGUUAACGUCACAAAGAUCCUGGCUGAGAAAAAACAACAGAAACAAGAAGAAGCGCAGUGUGUGUCUAGAGCAGCAGUUCAAAUAUCCUCCUGUUCUCUUUUAUCCUCUGCAUCAUCACUUCCUAGAGUGUCUCUGCCAUUUUUUAAGGACCGUAAAAGAGACCACAAUGUCUGCACUACCGCACCAGUACAACCACUCUUUCAAACAAAACCCGCACCCAUGACUGAGAUCAAAAGAGGGGGCGAAGUAUUUGAGUCACACCCAAAGAAAGCCAAAGUCAACAUACAGGAAGUGGAUGUGGUGAAGUAUGCAAGAAGCAAUCAGCUGGGAAAGAUCAACGUAGCGACUCUGCAGGCCUGGCUGAAAGGUCAAGGCAUCACUGUGCGUUCAAAGGACAAGAAGGAGGACCUGAUCUCAAAGGUCAUGCAGUGCCUGAGUGAACCAUGAGGCAGGGAGUCGGCAUCCAGACAGCUCCUGCAGGUUUAGAGUUCCUCUCUCAGGUAAUCCACACCGGAGCAGAGGUCUAGCCUGUAGCUUUUCCCUUAUGGCACUCAACAUGAAGGAAGGAAUAACAUGAGCUGCCCAUGAGUUGUGUUGUGCUUUAGCUUCUUUUUUUUUUUCUUUUGCUCGGCCAAGUUCAGCACGAUGUUACGUUAGGCUCUGAGCAGAAACGACUCGAUCUUAUAGACUGAACGCUGGUCUAAGUUAAGAAUAUAUGAAUGUACAUUUCUCUCUACGAGGUUUGAACUUGUUCGUUUUGGUAACUUUGUGAUACAGUUGUACAAUUAAAUAUAAAACAAGGCCAUCAGUUGUUUUAUUUUUUCCAGCUUGAUAUUAUAACAUAUUGUGACGUGAAAAAUUUGAAUACAAAUAUGUUUCCUGUUCGGUGUUGCUUUCGUCAUUGGUUUCUUCGUUCUUGGUUUAGUGUUCAUCUUUAAAUAUCUUCAGUACUUUUAACGCAGUCUAAUUUAACUUUAUACUAUCACUAAGAUCCAGCAAGAAGUUUGAUAUCCAAAAGCACACAGAGAAUUUCAGAUGACCGAGGGUGCUGCGUGCUGGCACGCCUUCGAAGCGUUUACUGCAAGCAUGACGGAAAGCUUGGAUGGCUCGGCUCGUGUCGGCUCUAAUGAUACACGCAACUGAGGAGUGUGACUGAAAUGGAAAUUGGCGCAAGUCACUUUGAUGGCUAAUGAAGGAAGCUUUCAGAGAGUCCAAAGUCAGCCUUUUUAACACUUCUGACUAAACAAGGGCUAAUGACUGGUUCAAAUCUUUUUCAGAGACUAGAGUUCCUGUAUAGGCUACACUGGUUUCUCGUGCAAUUGUAGGGUUUACUUGUCCAAGCUUUUUGGGAUUUUGUACAGUAUAUCUAAGAUAGUUCAAAUUUGAACCAGACAUCCUUUUUCCUGUGUUUAGACUCAUGUCCUAUAGUCUAUCAUAAUACUUUAUGGCUGUGACAGCUUGUUCCUGACAGUAAAGUCAGGUUAUUUUUCAUUUUUGAGAACGUAUG